GAAGGACGAUGAAAGCCCUGACUGUAGCAGUGUUUGUUGUUCUGACGGUCGGUGUUUUGGCACGGCCCUACUCACCCAGCAGGAAGGUGUAUGGAGAGGAAGCGGAGGAUCGUCUGAUUUCAAAUCUCCUGGACCGGCCUCUGCCAAUGUGUGACCUGGAAGUAGAAAACGUGUGCCAGGAAGCACUUCCGGUGUGGCGCCACUUCAUCCCCCGGAGAGUCUGCGAGUGUCCCGCGGGGACCGUCUGCGACAUGAGGGCCUAUCCUAAAGGGGCGUGUGAGAUGGCCAUAGCGCAGCGGAACGUACGCAGCAACAGAGAAGUCUGGUUUCCUUUGCGGCCACUGCGAUGGGGGUAACAAGGAGGCAGUGGGAAAUUUGCUGUGAUUCCAGCGUCAGUCACCUUGGUAUCUGCAAAUCCUGGCGUGAUCUUCACUCAACAGUGGAUUCAAACGUACCUUUGCCUACUUCUGCAGCGUUAUAGAAGCCACGUAACAAAUAAAUGAAACUUUUAGAUGUUAAAUGUUCCUCUAUAUGUCUAGUCUCCAGUCACAGUGGCAUUGUGGUCGGUCGUUAGCUCAUAAAAAUUAUGUCGAAUAGAUUGUGAUGGUGACAAAUAUUUCGUCUACUUAAUAGACAAUUGACAUUUUGGUGUACCAAAAAUUACGCAUUUAAUAGAGGGUAACAUUUGAUUUUUCUUCCGGGGAGCAUGCCUCUAUACCCCAUACGUUGGUCGCGCCUUCGGCACUUGCAAGGGUGCAAAAAAAAACUAUUAGUAAUACUGUCUCUGCUGGUAACUUUUAAAAGACGAUAGUUGUA